AUGCACUUCCCGACCCUCGCUCUCUUGUUGCCUCUCGCUCUCGCGUCCGAUCAUGGCCAUCAUCGGGCGCCUCAACUCAAUUGCAAGGCGAUUGUCUCCGGGCUCUCUAGAUUCCACGCCCUGCCCGAAGCUACCUCCUUCUGCGAGAGCUACCUGGGGCUCACCCAGGCUGUCGUCGACCUCGACGGUGGUAAUCACGACUACGCCAACCAUAACCGUGACCACCACCACAACCUCGGGCUCUUGCUCUCCAGCUUCCGCCGCCUCGCCAACUCCUACCCCCACUGCAGCGGCCCGAAUCAAGCGGUCCCGGCCUAA